AUGUUCUCUACAUUGCUGAUUCACGACUGCGGUACCGUCGACGGGGAGCCGAUAACGAUUACUCUCAAAGUAUCUCCCUCGUUCCCUGGCGCCGUCUGGUUCCAAGAAGACUGGGAGCAACCAGUCCCUGCCGCAUGGGGACCAAAGGACAACUCUGAUUUUGACGGGACUCUCGCAAUCCGGCUUGUAGAACGCAUCUCAGAGGGCCGUAUUGGCGUAACCUACGCGCCCCAAGUCGUCUCCGCGACGCGAAGAGGAAGUGAUGUCAAGUCCACGCUACCGCCUACACUGUGCCUCAAAUUUGCAAAACUGGAAUUCAGUCGCAGCCUGGCGCGAGAGGCUUGGUUCUACGAACAGCUGGAGUCACUUCAGGGCAUCUCUGUACCCCUUUCUUUCGGCUUCUUCGCGUCCACUGCUAAAGAACAGCCCCACUUCCCUGACAUCGAGUUUAAACCCUGGACGAAUCGGAGCGUUUUGUUCGAAGAUACAGACCCAAUUCCACAUAACAUCGACCAAUACCCUUCUCCAGACUGGCUGGCCGACACUGUUACGUGCCGUGUGCAUUUGUGCGAGCGUUUCACGAAGAUUUGUCCGACUCGGCAGGUGUAA